UAUAUAGAGCCUUUUACAUAGACAGUAAACGCAGUUUACAUUCUUAACGGUACAACUUGCUGAGAACACUGGAAAGAUGUGGAAGAUGUGUGUAUUUUCAAUAAUGACAGUUUUGUGCGUGAUGAUGCAAUAUAAUGCAAUAUAUGCCAAAAGAAUAUUAUUUAUAUCAAAUUUUCCAUCAUACAGCCAUCAAAUAACUUAUCGUGGUUUAUUAUUAGAAUUAAACAGACGAGGUCAUGAGAUUGUGUCAGUGACUACGAAUCCUAUAAAAAAUUCUUCUUUAACUAAUUAUACAGAAAUCGACUUAAACUAUUUUUAUAACGGUCUUCCUGAAUUUAAAAAGUUGCCGUAUCCUACUAUCACUGCGGCAAAUAUAGCAUUUCCGAUUUUAGCAGUGGAACGUAUUUUAUGGACUGCGGGGCACUUCAUGAAUCGUGAGGUUUUCAAAAAUCCAGAAUUUAAAAAAUUAUACAUGCCUGGUAGCAAUGAACAUUUUGACGCAGUUAUUGUAGCACAGGGCACAACAUUUUCACUAAAUGCUCUUGCAUACAGAUUUAAUGCUCCUCUCAUAGGUAUUUCAAGUCUGGAUAUGUACAAUAAUUUGCGCUAUACAUUUGGAUCCUUGAUUCUCCCAUCGCAUAUCUCUAAUUGGCAAACUAAUACGCCAGUUGAACAUAAUAUGUCAUUUUGGAGAAGACUCGUCAACUUUUAUGAAGUGUGGAUGCAGAUGUACGCUUGGGUGAACAAAUUUGUUCCUGUAGAGGAUGCGCUCGCGAAAAAGUAUUUAGGAGAAGAUUUACCGCAUAUCAGUGAUAUAGCGAGAAACAUGAGCAUAUAUCUCGUAAAUAGACAUCCAGCGUUUUUACAUGGCAAACCUGAACAACCGAAUGUUAUAUAUUUCCAUGGUUUACAUAUCGCAAAAACACCGGAUCCUCUACCAGAAAAUAUAAAGCAGUUUCUUGACGACGCGAAAAAAGGAUUUAUUUAUAUGAGUCUUGGGACCAAUGUUAAAUGGAAGGAGUUACCAAAUUAUAAAAGGAUUCUCGAAGUAUUUGUUGACACAUUCUGCGCCUUACCAUACAAAGUCAUUUGGAAAUAUGAUUCUGAUCUAUUACCCUGGAAAUGUAAAAAUAUACUGUCAUCGAAUUGGUUUCCGCAGCAAAGCAUUCUCGCUCAUCCAAAUAUCAAACUAUUCAUUUACCAAGGCGGCCUUCAGAGCACAGAAGAGGCUUUUUAUUAUGGGAUUCCACUCAUAGGGAUACCCAUUUUAUGGGAUCAGAGAUAUCAUGUACGAAAUGUAGUAAAAUUAGGUAUUGGAGUACGUCUUGAGUAUAAUAAUGUUUCGAAAGAAAUUAUUGAGACCACUAUACAUGAAGUUAUAAAUAACAGAAGAUACAAAGAUCGGAUGGAACAUACGAGUAAACUUUACAAGGACGGACCGUAUGACAGUCUUCAAAAUGCGGUACAGUGGAUUGAAUACGUGAUGCGUCAAAAUGGGACAUCUUUCUUGCGAAAUAGUCUUUGCGAUGAACCGUGGUAUCAACGAUAUGAUUGGGAUAUCAUCGGAUUUUUCGCCAUAAUAUUAUUUAUUGCAUCCUGCAUUUCUAUGUGGGCAUUAUAUCAGAUUUUGCAAUUUCAUGCACGAAUAAUAUCGAAUUCUCUGUACAAAUAUACCAAAUCAAAAACGCAUUAUUUAGAAAGACAAAACGGCAAAAUGAGGGAAGUUACUUGUACAAUGUUUGUCGUUUUAUUUUUAUGCAUUCUAUUAACAAGUAAUACAGCAAGUGCCAAAAGAAUAUUUGUGAUUAUGGUUGCACCUUUUGAAAGUCAUCUGAUAGUUCAUCGAUCGUUAUGUUUAGCCUUACAUAAACGUGGACACGAACUGGUCGUACUUACUACACAUCCGAUAAAAGAUUCGACAUUACAAAAUUAUACAGAAAUUGCAAUAUCACAACAUGUAGCGAUAAAUGAACGAUUUAAAAGAAUAUCUCAAAUGCCACUGAUCGAAUUUCUGAAAGACAUAGCAAGAUUGGCAAACAAAUAUGUCAGACUACUAUUUAAAAAUCCAGAUUUUAUAAAGUUCUAUAACAGCAAUGAAAAGUUUGAUGCGAUUAUUAUAGAACAAAUAUCAUGUUAUGUAAUAAAUGUUCUUGCGCAUAAAUUUAAUGCUCCUCUUAUAGGAAUCUUAACUCUGGGCUUACAUAAUUACCACCGAUACAUUUUUGGUGGUCCUAUACUUUCAUCGCAUCCUUCAAACUGGGAAUUUGAUGUAUUGUCUGAGGAGCAACCAUCAAUUUGGCAAAGACUAUGGAAUUUUAUUGACACGUGGCGUACUAUCUAUUUUUACAUUAAUGAAGCUAUAGGGGAUGGGGACGAAAUUGCUAAAGAAUAUUUUGGAAAUGACAUACCAAAAAUCGCCGACAUAAUGAAAAAUAUGAGUUUGAUGUUAGUAAAUGAGCACCCAAUAUACACAUACCCUAGACCUGAGCAGCCAAAUGUCAUGUUUUUUAGUGGCAUUCAUAUACAAAAAACGCCACCGUCUUUACCGAACGAUUUAGGUCAAUUUCUGGAUAAUGCAACGGAAGGAUUUAUUUACGUGAGUUUUGGAACCACUUGUAUCACCUGUCACUUUUUACCAAAAGAAAUGCUGGAAAACUUUGUUCAAGUGUUUUCGAAAUUACCUUAUAAAAUAGUUUGGAAAUUCGAGUGCGAGUUACCGAGGAAGCUCGAUAAUGUGUUUAUCUCAAAAUGGUUUUUACAGCAAGGCGUACUUGCUCAUCCGAAUAUCAAGCUGUUUAUUACUCAAGGCGGAUUGCAGAGUACUGAAGAAGCUUUCCAUUACGCGGUUCCACUCUUAGGAAUUCCGAUUAUAUCCGAACAAGGAAAUCGGAUUCGGCGAUUGGUUUCCUUGGGCGUGGCAAAACAAAUUAAAUUACACGAAAUUACUCAAGAAAAUCUUAAUAGUACUAUUCAUGAGAUCAUUAAUAAUAAAAGCUAUAAAGAAAGGAUGAUGUAUCUCAGUUUUCUCUUCAAAGAUCGGCCAUAUGACAGCCUCGAGAAUGUAAUAUGGUGGAUAGAAUACGUGAUGCGCCACAAAGGAAUAAAUCAUCUUCAAUUUAGUGAAAGCGAUAAACCAUGGUACGAACGUUACGAUAUGGAUGUUAUCGCAUUUCUUUCUAUAAUAUUAUUUAUAAUGAAUUGCGCAAUAGCACUGAUUAUCAUUCAAAUUAUACAUUUUAUCUUACGUAAAACUAUACUCCCUUCUCGUUAAAAUUUCAAAUCUUGAAAU